AUGGGACUAGAGUUUUUCACCAGCAGCUAUACACAGUACAAAGCCGACACUGACGCCGUUGCCACAUGGCUGGUCGCUACCGCGAAGAAGUGUGGCUUUCCCGUGGAGACGCUGAGAGGAGCCACGACGCCUGCUACGCCCGCCGCCCCACAGUCUAAACGGCUCAAGGGAAAAGCGCGAAAGCUCGCCAAAGAGACCGGUGCGAAACCAGAGUCAUCUGCCAAUCCCGUCGUAGCCAAGCAUACCCUCGCCGUGAAGGACUUCGUUAGCCUGGCCGACUACAUCGCUGCCUCUACCAGUCCUCGGAUCCGUGUUCCUGAAGGCUUCGCUGCUGUCCUGAAUAGAGCUAUCGCUGUCAGACGGCGUCAUGGACUACGAUUCUCAGAUGGUCUAGGCCUGGGGGUCCAGGAUCAAGAGUCCGACGAACGGCAUAACUACUUCAUUGGCAUUCUCGAGCACGUUCAGCAGGCUCUUCGGCCUUUGAUGCCGAGCACCCAAGUCAAUGAUCCCUUGACUCGACGCGCAGAUGACGACUCGGUAGGCGGGAGAGUCGACAAUCUCGCCAAUAGGUUCGAUGGCCUCGACGUACAGGAACCAUCUGAGGCGUUCUUGCGUGCUCCGGAUGUGACCAUCUCCACCUUCAAGGACGAUACGCCAGAUGUUGAUUACGAAGCUGAGCUGAGACAUGAUGCUGGCGAGGCAUUGGUCGCUUUCAGCCUUCUUCUAAAGGAUUACCGUGAGCUGCGACGGCUCCUUAUGACAACCUGGGCGAGUUACGGCUGCGCCGAGUUUGACCUGGUGUCUGUUUCCCUCAUGACGAACUCGGCUUUUGAUAUAGCGCAACGCAUGGAAGAAGAAAUUCAGCAUCUGUUUGUUAAAAUUGGAGGAUCGGAAGGAAUGCUUAAGAGAAUGUUCGUGGCAUCUUGCAUACUUAAAGAAGAAGACGCCAAUUUUCGAGAGCAGCCUGGCGACGAUAUGAAUUUCCGGGUCUAUGAAGAUGCGCAGACGCUGAUGUACCCGACCUGGUUAAUUCUGAGCGCGUUCCGUGAAGUAGUGCAGAAAAGGAAUGUGCCGCAAUACAGACCGGGAUACUACGGCCACCUUGACAGGACCAGAUAUAGGAACGAGAUGAGCGGGAAAGAGAACUUCUUGCAUGACAAGAUGAUCUUGAUGGAAAUACUUCCGGAGUUUGUUACUCUGCACCGGAUCGGACCAGCGCAAUCCUACGAAGAUGAAUUUACACGCGGGCUACGGAAGAUGUUUGACACCAAGGAAAUCCCCCUCUGGCUUGUUUUUGCCGCCCAGGUCUUUCUUGACAUCCAUCGUAUCCUCCGUGACGACUUUCAGCGGCCUCAUGGUGAACUCGCUAUCCACGCCGAAACUGUCGGAACAUCGAUCAGGAAGAACAUGGCGUUUCACGCGGAUCUCCGCAUCGACAAUUGGCCAAAGCAAAAUGACAAGGUGAUGCAGCAUAUCCUCGACGUCGUCGACAUGUGGGUGCAUACCGAUAUGACAAUGUCCCUGAAGCAAAGUCUCAAGCUAAUAUGGCGACCGGGAGACGAGUUCAAGCUCACGAAGUGGCACCCCGUCCUAUGCGGAAUGAUCACCUACUACCUCAAGUCCAUGUGGCAGGAAAUAGGCAUUACAUUCGCAGGCGCAUGGGGCUCGAUCAUGUACUCCGCUCACUUGUACAAUGCCCUCCAGCAGGAAAAGCUCAUGUCCGGCGCCUGGUUCGACAUGGACCUUAUUCUAUAUUGGCACCCCGAGAUCUUCGUUGGGGCCCGCCCAGCCCGCCCAGAAGAUUACUUGAAACGCUUUAACCUCAGCACGGGCGUCUCUGCUACAGCCUACGGACGGAAUCGACGGCACACCCCCCGUCUACCGGAAUCCAGGAGCGGCCCCAAGGGGAUCCAACCCAUCGCCAACAUCUCACGUAUGUUCUUCGAGCGGUACUGCGAGGGAUCGCGAAAGACCGGGUUCAGCGCAGCCGAGCUCGAGAAAAUCCUCGCCGACGGCGUCUGGGAAAUCGAACUCGAAGGCCAAGAACAGGAUCAAGACGGAGACGUGCUCACUAUGUCCCGCCGCGUCGGCAACAAGGAAUCGAAAUUGUCAAACUCGAAAUCCUCAGCCCGACAGCGCUGGGACACCGCACGCCGCCUAACCCCCACCGAGCUUCUCACGACCCUCCGCAAUACCCUCCAGGUCGAAGCACCCGAGAUGAAUUUCGACUAUCUGACGCUCCACCAGCUAUGCUGGCAGAUGCUCCGAAGACUGCACGCUGCCGUGGACCCGUUCCUGCGCAGGGCUUUCGGCCCGGAGUACAUGGAGGCUGAGACGCAGCUGCCGUUCCUUGUGGGUUGGAUCUUCAUGGUUGCUGCGGGGACGGACGAGGCGACGAAGAAGUUGCGGCGGGAUGAACUUGUUACUGUUAAGAGUGGGACGUUGGCGAAGGCUGGGGAAGUCGUUAGCGAGAUGAUGGUUGAGGAUGGGGUUGGGGAUAUUGUUAAGAGGGCUCUUGAGCGGCUGGGGUAUGUGUUUGAGGUUGAGGAAGGGGAAGGGGAAUCCAGAGACGUUGAAAAACAUGGUUGUUAG